CAUCGUACAGCUGUCAUCGCUUUAUCUGCAUGAUGUCUGAUUGGCGCAACUCAUUGGCUGAUUGACCGGACUCACCGGAGGGUCUGCAGCCAUCAGAUAACCCGCACAACUGGACACAACCCUGGACAAGAUACCCAUAACUCUACGGAAUAAUGCCGACCGGGAUCGUCGGGGGAAUCUAAUACCAAAGUCAGUCAAGUGUCAGUGAAAUGCUGAUCCUCAGCACGGACCAACUCCGAUCGGACCCUCCGAUUGUUUGCCCAAUUCAGCAACCCCGCCGAAUAGGGGCCACCCACUAUCACUCCUGGACUGAUAUUUAUAUUCUUCGCUAACCAGCAAACCCAAACCCAAAUUCAUCAACCCACCAUGGAGAAACUCCCCCCUCGUGUUGAGGCCUUUCUUGGCCGUCUGCUCCGCAACAAACGAGGCCGCGACGCCAAGCUCCUCACCCGCGUCAGCCCCGUCAUCCAAGCCAUCCAACCUACCAUCGCGGUGACUUCGCCCGUGGGCCCAUCACCCGCGCCUCUCCCCCAAGAAUAUACACCCCUGGGUGAAAACCGCUUUCCGCCUCUGUCUUGGACCAUACCCGGCGAUAUCACCCCCGACCAGAUCAAUAGCUACGUGUUGAUCGUGGAGGAUCCGGAUGCGCCGCUCCCGAGUCCUAUCGUGCACGGAUUGUAUUACGGAAUCCCCAAAGACAAGACCGCUGUGUCUUCGGAUGAUGUUGUUCUAGCAGAUGCUGCCAAACGUACUCUGCAGGGUGGCUUCCAGUAUGGCGUGAACUGGCACCAGAACGUGUGGAGUGGUCCGCGGCCGGUUUUGGCCCACGGUCCGCAUCGGUAUUUCUUUCAGCUACUGGCGUUGGGACAGCCGCUGGCAGGAGUGGCAGAGAAGCCUCUGGGAAAGGGCGAGUUGUUGGAGGCGUUGGGGAAGAGUAAUGUGUUGGCGUGGGGGGAGUGGGUGGGGACGUUUGUGCGUGACCCUUGAGUGUACACCUUUUGGAAAGGAGGUUGAGAUGGGUUGAUGAGUUAUGCUGGGUUGUGAAGUUGUGCGAGAGAUGUUUUCAAUGCGGCUGUUGCUGUUGCUGUUGCUUAAUCUUAAUUUUAAUUAACCUUCUGUCGGCCAGGUCAGGUGAUCCGUCAUGCCCUCCUACAUCCCCCUUACGCUUGAUCCCUCGCUCCAUUAUAGGUAAUUGCAUCGCGUCCGGAAUAGUCGCAUUUGAUUAGGA